AUGGUCAAGUCCUCUCUAAGUCUCAAGACCAUCGACGUACAUGGCGAGCUAAUGGCACAAACUGGCUACAGGAAGAAAGCCGCCCAUAUGGUGGUAAGCUUUUGUGCCAUCAUGUUUGCCAUUCAUAUCUAUGUCAUGCCUGUAACGCCACCUGCAACUUUCUAUAACGAUAUUGUAAAGCAGAUACGGUCCUGCUAUAUGAUCAACGAGAGUCGUUCCACUAAUAUUACUCAAAACACAACCACUGUUGGACCAACAGCCACCAAACUCCCUUCACUGCGGUAUCAUGUGGCUCAUCCACUCAACUAUCAUUUCAUUAUGGAUGAACCUGUUAAAUGCAGUCAAUGGGAUCCAUUUGUGGUCCUGAUGGUACCUGCAGCCCCAAAUCAGAUUGAGGCUCGAAAUGCCAUCCGGAGCACAUGGGGGAAUGAAACGACAGUCCAGGGGAAAGCAGUGUUAACUCUGUUUUUGGUGGGUUUGACUGUAGGAGGAGACUCUGAAAAAGCUCAACAGCAGCUGGAGGAAGAGAGCCGACAACACAGAGAUUUAAUCCAGAGCAACUUUGUGGACUCCUAUUUCAAUCUGACCAUAAAGACCAUGGUGAUGAUGGACUGGUUGGCCACUCGAUGCCCUCAGGCGACUUAUGCUAUAAAGAUCGACACUGACAUGUUCUUAAAUGUAGAGAACCUUAUGACCUUCCUAUUGGCACCAAACACACCUAGAGAAAACUACCUGACGGGGGUGUUGCUGUGGAACCGGCCCGUUGUGAGAAAUAAAAACUCUAAAUGGUACGUUUCAGAAGACAUGUAUCCCGAUUUAACAUACCCCACAUACCCACUGGGAACCGGAUAUGUGUUUUCCAAUGACCUGCCAGAAAAAAUAGUGGAAAUUUCCAAGGAAGUACAGGCGUUUAAUAUAGAAGAUGCAUAUAUUGGAGCUUGUCUGAAACGUUUGGGUUUUGAACCCUCAUCUCCUCCAGACCCUUCUCUGUUUAGGAUCUAUAUGACGUAUAAUCGAGAGGAAUUCCUCAAGAUCAUCUCCACAGAUGUAGGAUCCCCACAGCAAAUUCUGAACAUAUGGAAGGAUGUUAAGAGCCCCCCAAAAAAGAUAUGAUCAAAAAUUAAACAAGUCCAGUUUUAGGUUUGGAAACAAAUGUUGAUGCUGGCAUUUUCCAUUCAUAAAUUCACUGCAUGUAACGGUGUUGUAACAAAUAAAGGCUCGUCAUCAUAAUCAUUUGCAUUCUUUGCUGCAGAUUCUAAAUGUUUCUACAAUGUAAAGUCUAGGACAAGGAUGUUCAACCUGUGGGGUGCGAAAUUAACAACCCAAGCUCAUUCUGAAAACGUAGUCCCGCGCACGUUU